GUGUACCGGAAGCGGUGCUUCUUGCCUCCCGGGAGGCGGGAUGGCGGCUCGAACGGCGGUGCUGCUUCUCCUGGGGGCGGCGGCGACUGGCCCGGCCCCUGUGCAAGGGUCGCGGGGAGACCGGGAGCCCGUCUACAGAGAGUGCCUAGGCCAUUGCGAGCAGCGCAACUGUUCCGGGGCUGGACUGCGGCACUUCCGCUCCCAGCAGCCACUCUACAUGAGCCUCACAGGAUGGACAUGCAGAGAUGACUGUAAAUACGAAUGUAUGUGGCUUACAGUGGGCCUUUAUGUCCAGGAAGGAUACAAAGUGCCUCAGUUUCAUGGCAAGUGGCCCUUCUCUCGUUUCCUGUUCAUUCAGGAACCUGCUUCUGCCUUUGCUUCAUUCCUUAACGGAGUUGCCAAUUUAGUCAUGCUGAAGAGAUACAAAGCCGCCGUCCCGCCUUCUUCUCCCAUGUACCAUACCUGCAUUGCCUUUGCUUGGGUUUCUUUGAAUGCCUGGUUCUGGUCUACCAUUUUUCACACUCGAGACACAAAUCUAACUGAGAAAAUGGAUUAUUUCUGCGCAUCUGCUGUCAUUCUUCACUCUGUAUAUUUGUGCUGCGUCCGGACCCUAGGGUUGAGACGUCCAGCUUUUGCCACCGCCCUUGGGAGUUUCCUGCUCCUCUUCUUGGCCUGUCACAUCUCUUACCUGACGCUUGUACGCUUCGAUUACAGCUACAACAUGGCUGCUAACGUGGCCAUCGGCCUCCUCAACCUCUUCUGGUGGCUGGGCUGGUGCAUGAGGAACCAGCAGCGCCUGCCCUACGUCUGGAAGUGUGUGGCGGUGGUCCUCCUCCUCCAAGCCUUGGCGCUGCUGGAGCUGCUGGACUUCCCACCGUUGUUCUGGGUCUUCGACGCCCACGCCAUCUGGCACAUCAGCACCAUCCCGGUCAACAUCCUUUUCUACAGUUUCCUCGUGGACGAUAGCCUGUAUCUCUUGAAGGCCAACUCACACGUUCUUAAAAUAGACUAAAGCCUGUGGUGGAACGCAGAUUGCGGAAGAGCGUGGGCCUCUUUGGAGGACACCCACCGACCACUUCUCGCGCCCGAGGACCCAGGCCUGCAUUGUUUUGAGGAGCGGCAGUCGGCCCUUCUUUUCCUGUCCUUAUGCCCUUGAAGUGUCUGUUAUCUGGAUUUGGUUGCCAUGACGUGAUUCACUGUUUGCCUGUCUCCUGGAUGUAUCAGGAUACACAUUUCCCCUCCCUAGCAACGGGGCUUGGGGGCUCUUCAUUCUGCCUUUUAAAUUUUUGUGUGUGCUUUUUAGAGAGAACCAGGAACACUCUCGGUCUCGGCUCGCUCUCCACGAUCCCUUUUCCUUUCAGUGUGGCUCAGUUUUGCAAGUGGCCACUCAGCGUAGGCUCAGCUAAAGAGGCUUUGGACGUAUUGCAGAAGGGGGUGGGGGGCGGGCUGGAACAUCCAGGCACCUCGUUUGUGCUGUGUCGAGAGCUUCAGCAGAAGAAGAGCAUCCAGUUGCUUUCUUGAGAGAUGAUCCUUUGCCUUCUCAUCAGGAACUGCUGUGAAUCCUGUGGGGAGUGUGGGGAUUCAUUUGAUAAAAGGAAGAUUCCGGGUCCAACUCCGGAUGAUGUCUGCUCCCUCUCACAUGAUCCACUGGAGCCCAAUUCGGUCUUCUGUCUGAGCAAACUGACUGUGAUUCCUCCCAGAUGGCAUGGAUACUUUGCUAGUACUCAGCCACACUCUGUUCAUUAUAAUGCUGGACCUGCGACCUGGCAUUAAUAAUCAGGCUCCAGGGCUUAAGCCAGUGAGUCAGAUUAAACCCAGCUGGGUGGAGAAGAAGAAGAAGAAGAAGAAAGAAGAAGAAGAAGAAGAAGAGUUUAGAUUUAUAUCCCCCCUUUCUCUCCUGUAGGAGACUCAGAGGGGCUGACAAUCUCCUUGCCCUUUCCCCCUCACAACAAAC